AAGCUAAGCUUAAUGUUGGCCCAUACGCCUAUAAAUGAAACCAAAUCCUCACAUCUUCCUUCCGUCUGACAUCCUCUCUUUCAGGAAAAAAUGCAGCACCCAGCUGAGGGCCAUGGCAAAGUCAACCUCACACUUCUCUUGGCUACGACUCUUGGAUUCAUGGCGCCCAUGGCCGCCACCCUUUACCGCCGGUGCCGAAAGAAUAAGCCGGAGAAUGAUCCGAGUAUUGCUCCAGGGCUGGAGAGAACGGAGUCCGGCUAUGCCGCAAAGCUGGAAAAGUUCUCCCAUUACGUAGCAAGGCAAAUGGGAUUUGCAGAUCCGGAUGAGUGUCCCCAGUUAUGCAAUUUAGCUUAUGAUUAUCUCAAGAAAUCAAAGGGGUGUGAUGAAAACAUGUAUGAGUAUAUUUCAAGUCAACCAGACGCCGACUCACUCUAUAUAAAACUGGUGGAGGAGCUUGACAGGUGCACCCUCAGCUAUUUUGGCUUUCACUGGACCCAGGCUUCUCUUAUGAUCAAUCAGGUACAUACAUGUAUAUUCAAAACAAAGAGAGACGGAGCAUCAAUUUCUCUUUGCUUCCUUCGUAAAGAAUCUGAGCAGUUUUUGUGGUAUGAGUUGCAGGUGUUGAGUGUGGAGUCUGAUAAGCAGAAAACGAAGCUCAAGAACUUUGUGAUGGCCGCUACAAGGAAACAGAGAUUUGAGAAGGUAACAAAGGACUUGAAGGUGACAAGGGUGUUCAAUACAUUGGUGGAGGAGAUGAAAGCCAUAGGGGUGGCGCCGUCCGGUGGUUGCACAGAGGUGAUGAUGCCAGUGGCCCUCAGUAAGAGGAGUCCUGUGCUCCUCCUCAUGGGCGGUGGUAUGGGUGCCGGCAAGAGCACUGUCCUCAAUGACAUUAUGAAAGAAGCAUUCUGGUCAGAGGCAGCAGCAAACGCUGUGGUAGUGGAGGCAGAUGCUUUCAAAGAGACCGAUGUCAUUUACAGAGCCCUUAGCUCUCAUCACCAUGACAUGCUUCAAACUGCUGAGCUGGUGCACCAGUCAUCCACCGAUGCAGCAUCAUCACUCCUUGUGACUGCCCUGAAUGAAGGCCGCGAUGUGAUCAUGGAUGGAACGUUAUCAUGGGAGCCCUUUGUCCAGCAAACAAUUGCCAUGGCUAGGAAUGUCCAUAAAUGCCGUUAUCGAAUGGGGGUAGGCUACAAGGUGGCAGAGGAUGGAACUGUCACUGAAAAUUACUGGGAACAGAUACCACCAGAAGAAGAAGAGGAAGAGCAACAAAACGAAAAUGGACAUGUAGAAAGGAAACCAUACAGAAUAGAGUUGGUUGGAGUGAUCUGUGAUCCUUAUCUAGCAGUUGUUAGAGGCAUCAGGAGAGCUAUAAUGACAAAACGAGCAGUGAGGGUGAACUCACAGUUGAAAUCCCACAAGAGAUUUGCAAGUGCGUUUCAGAGAUACUGCCAACUUGUUGAUAAUGCCAGGCUCUAUUGCACCAAUGCCAUGGGCGGCCCACCCAGCUUGAUAGGAUGGAAAGAUGGAGACAACAAGCUACUGGUUGAUCCUGAACAAAUCAAAUGUUUGACAGUAGUCAGCACUCUGAAGGAUGAUGCAGACAACGUCUACGAGCUUUACACGGAGCCAAAAAUUUUAUAUGAACAGGGUUCAGUUUGGAAAGACAUUGUUCUGACACCUUCCAGGGCGAGCCUUCAUCUGGACCUGAGGACGUCAAUUCAGAAAAUAGAAAAUGCAAAAAAGUGAACGCCGUAUGAUCAAUGGUGGUCGAACGAACUUUGAUUUUACUGCUUCACUCCAAUAUUUGCUUGUACGUUUGGUAUUAUCCAAUGAUUUGUGCCGAGUACAUCCUGGUUGAUUCCUCAAAAGUAGUCUUUUGCCAUAUCUUCACCUGAUUGUUGUGUCUUGUACCAUAUACAGUUAAAUGAUCCAAAAUGCUGAUUGAUUUCCAUAA